AUGGAUUCCAACGCCUACUCGAACGACCUGUUCACUAAGGAUGCCGAUUCUCUCAUGAACCAGAUGACUCGACUCUCUCUCCACCCAAGACUCUCUGCAUACCCAAGCAAGGAAGAUGAUGCUGCCAUGCGUGAUCUUAAUACCCCUCCUUUUUACCCAGCAUUCACGCUCUCACAACCAUCCAAGCCAGACCGCAUCCGUGAAGUAGCCGGCGCCAUCAACAUUGAACAACGACUUGAAGCAAGUAAAGAAGAGUGGAAGAAGACGCAGAGAUUGGGUGAUGAGUUGAAGGGGAAGGAGGUUAGGGAUUUAUGGCAGGGGUGGAUGGAGUUGUUGAAGUGGGAGAUGUUGGUUAGUGAGGUAGAGGAGCGGUGUGGGUUGAUUGCUAUUUGA